AUAAAUUCCAACUUGGAAAUGCGAAUGUGCCUCUUUUCGUGCACUACUGUUUUCAUCCACAAACCUACCAGAAUUCUGUAAUCAGUUUUAUCUCCAUCUAUAUUCUCUGUGUCGCUUUUCUGUAAUAUUUCUUGUUUAUUUUCAUCUGUGUGUUUUGUCUAGCAUGGCGUCUGGGAAGGCUCGCAACAGUAAGCGAUCCUCUGGUGUUUCUUACUCGACGACGACAACGGUAAUAUUUGUAGCGUUAUGCAUGUUUGGCCUAUGGGUGCUAAACUCCAAUUCAUUUUCUUCCCCAAAAUCAAAAACUCGAUCCACUCCACUAAUCCAUUCGGAUCGUAACUCAAAACCUUCCAACAAGAAACUCCAUCCUAUUCAUAUAGACAGCAGCUCGUUUCACCUUCCUGGUGAUGCCAUCAAAGCCAAUGAGCUAUCUCGACCUAAUGAUUCUAAUGAAAGCCAGGAGAUUCAGGAAGAUACAAAAGAUUCGUUGUCUGACCAGUCCGAGGUUUCUAUGGAGUCAGAGAGCACAAAAGAAAAUGCUGAUGAAGCUGCGGGAGAGAAUACUUUUAAGCAUGAAGCAGAAGAAAAUGGCAUAAUUGACAAUGAUAAUAAAAUCGAACCUGAGCAUGAUAAUAUUGUUGAAGAUAAGGAAAAUGAUAUUAAUGUGAAAGAUCAGGAUUCAGCUGCAGAAGAAACCGGGGAAAAACUGCAAGGGGAAGAGUCUGUAGAAGAAAAGGAAAAUCAAAACGCUCUUAACACUCAAACCUCAGAGGAAAGUUCGGUGACUCAAAACCAAGAAGUCGAAGAUACGGUGAAAGAAAACACAGGAUUGUCGAAUCAUGAAGAAAUUGUAGGUGAACAAGAAAGCCAGCAAACCGAAAGUGAUAAAUAUGGUACUGGAAAACAUGACGUUGAAGAGAUCAAAGUUAGUGUUGGCAGUUCAGAGAAUACGGAGAAUCUAAUAUCAGAUGAAGAUCGACAACAACGCAUAGAAGAGCAUCAAAAACAGGAAGACGAACAAGUCCAACAAGGACAGAAAGAAGGACAAUCACAAGAGGAUACUAAGGGGAUUACAAGUGAUGAUCAAAUCCAACACGAUGAGGCAUCCAUAUCCUCAGCUGAAGAUGAUCCAACCUUCAAAGAUGCAAAGGAGACUCGUACAGAAGUGAACAAUCAAGAGAACAAGAAUUCCAAGAAGAACGAAGGAGAGUCAUUUCCAAAUAGAGAGAACCAUGGGAUACCAAAAGAAUCAAAAGAAUCCGAGAAGGCAUGGUCUACUCAAGCAGAUCAGUCUGAGAACCAAAAAGAGAGACGAAAAGGAGGAUCUGACGACAAAGAUAGUAGCAUCUAUGGAUACACAUGGCAGUUAUGCAAUGUAACAGCUGGUACAGAUUACAUACCUUGUUUGGACAAUGAGAAAGCAAUAGCAAAGCUUCACAGCAGAAAGCACUUCGAGCAUCGCGAAAGGCACUGUCCUGAGGAUCCCCCGACUUGCCUAGUUCCACAGCCACAGGGGUACAAAAGUCCCAUAGAGUGGCCUCAAAGCAGAGAUAAGAUAUGGUAUCAUAAUGUACCACACCCAAUGCUGGCAGAGGUGAAGGGCCACCAAAAUUGGGUCAAGGUGACUGGCGAAUUCCUUACUUUCCCUGGUGGUGGCACUCAGUUUAUACAUGGAGCAUUGCACUACAUUGACUUUGUACAGGAGGCAGUGCCAGAUAUUGCAUGGGGAAAGCACACACGAACUGUAUUGGAUGUUGGCUGUGGAGUUGCCAGCUUUGGAGGUUUUCUCUUCGAAAGAGAUGUUCUUGCACUAUCUUUUGCCCCCAAAGAUGAACACGAGGCUCAAGUCCAAUUUGCCCUUGAAAGGGGAAUACCGGCAAUAUCGGCCGUGAUGGGUUCACAAAGACUGCCAUUCCCUAGCAGAGUGUUUGAUGUUGUGCACUGUGCACGUUGCAGAGUCCCUUGGCACGCAGAUGGUGGUUCUCUACUCCUCGAACUGAACCGGGUACUACGACCUGGUGGCUACUUUGUGUGGUCAGCAACUCCAGUGUAUCAAACGCUUGAAGAAGACGUGCAGAUAUGGAAAGAAAUGUCCAACUUGACAGUGUCCAUGUGUUGGGAGCUUGUCACAAUUAAGAAGGAUAAAUUGAAUUCCAUUGGUGUUGCUGUUUACCACAAACCAGACUCAAAUGAUUGUUAUGACCAAAGAAAGCAAAAUCGUCCUCCGAUGUGUAAAACGGAUGACGAUCCUAAUGCAGCAUGGCAUGUACCUUUGCAGUCAUGCAUGCAUAGAGUCCCGAUUGAAGGAAACGAGAGGGGUAGCCAAUGGCCUGAAGAGUGGCCUGAGCGAGUGCAGACACCUCCUUAUUGGCUCAACAGAUCACAGAUGGGUAUUUACGGGAAACCAGCUCCAGAGGACUUUGCAGCAGACACUGAGCACUGGAAGAAGGUGGUGAGCAAGACAUAUAUGAGCGGAUUGGGAAUUAGCUGGUCCAACGUGAGAAAUAUUAUGGACAUGAGAGCAGUUUAUGGAGGAUUUGCUGCUGCACUCAAGGACCUGAAAGUAUGGGUGAUGAAUGUGGUGAACUUAGAUUCUCCAGAUACACUUCCCAUAAUCUAUGAACGCGGUCUUUUUGGGAUAUAUCAUGACUGGUGUGAAGCAUUCAGCACCUACCCCAGGACAUAUGACCUCCUGCAUGCGGAUCAUCUUUUCUCCAGACUGAAAAAGAGGUGCAAACUUGUGCCUGUGAUGGCAGAGGUUGAUAGAAUAGUUAGACCUGGAGGUAAAUUGAUUGUGCGCGAUGAAUCCAGCACCAUUGGGGAAGUGGAGAACUUGUUGAAGUCUCUGCAUUGGGAGGUCCAUUUAACAUUCUCCAAAAACCAAGAAGGGAUGCUAAGUGCUCAGAAAUCCGACUGGAGGCCAGACACAUAUGAAGCCAUAUCUUGAUUGGUCGAGAAAGUCAUCCUUCAGGGUACCCCAGACAGAAUAUUCUGUUGAGCAUGAUUCCUCUUGCAGUAGAGCAAAUACUAUAUCAACUCACACAGAGAACACAAUGCUGGAGUAUUUCACCAGAUUUUUGUUUAUUUGAUAGUAUUUUUGGAUCAUUGCUAAAUACACAGUUAACUAAAUGCUGCUACUGUUUGUCCAUUGAGCUGUAAACUUUAUUCAAUACAUUUUUUUAUGAGAUAUUCUAGCAUAUAAAGCAUUAACAUAUGUGUUCGUGUGUGGGAAGUGACAAUAUGAAAUAUGAUUUACAAGAACUGGCAGAUUUUAAGUAUGCUUAGCAACUUUAUACAUUGCUCUUGAACAAUGAUAAAGAGGUGCUACAGACCACAACAAACAUACGAAGGUCACAAUACCUAGAUAUUUCAAGACACCCCCUAUUUUACCUACAUCCACGACAAUCAUGAAGACAUGAAUCAAAAAUAACACUAGCUAAGUCUUACUGCCAAUAAACUUAAAAAUCAAAUGCAUGAAUC